AUGUCUCGCGCCUCCAAACCCCCGCGCUGCGUGGGCAGCCCCUCAUUCCGGCCGGAUGAAGUCGUCGACGACGCCCCGCGGCUGCAGCGGGCGCGGGACCUGCUGGCCAAGGACGACCUGUACGAGGCCAGCCGCGCGCUCCUCGGCCUGCCGGAGCGCGACACCUACACGUACCACGCGACGGCGAGCGUCAAGCUGGCCGAGGUGCAGCACGUCGUGCGCCUGGGCGGCGUCAACGGCUUGCACGGGUGGUAUCGCAACGAGGACGGGUCGCCGAGGGAUCCUCCGCCGCGGGCAGACAUCGAUGCCUACAUCGCCAUCUUCAACCCGGCGACGGCCACGGCCUCUGCGCUCAAAAACUUUGGCACCAACGCCAAGAAGGGGUCCAUCCGCGCCGAGGCGGCCGCGCGCCUGCUCGAGAAGCGCUACGUCCACCCGGCGCUCUCGUCGAAGCUGACCGUCCCCAAGGCCAAGUCGCCGCCCAGCCAGAACCCGUACUACGACUUCUGGGCGUGGUCGUGCCGCAACCUCGAGUGGUGCGGGCCCUGCGCGUCGUCGGAGCGCGUGGCCACGAGCCACCACGUCCUGCCCAUCCUGAUGCACCACUUCGGCUGCGCCACGCCCUCGCACGAGGCGCUCGAGGUGCUCCGGCUGCUGGCCGCGGGGCGGGCCGUGGCCGACGUGGGCUCCGGCAACGGCUACUGGACGUUUCUGCUGCGGCGCUACGGGCUGACGGUGCAUCCUGUCGACAACAUGCAGAGCGAGUGGCGCGUCAACUGGGUCGACGACACGUCGCUCACCGACGGCGUCAAGUGGCUCGCGAAGCACGCCGGCGGCAAGGACAUGGUGCUGCUGCUGGUGUAUCCCGUCGUGGGCGGGGACGGCAAGGGCGCCUUCACGAGGGACCUGGUGAGGGCGUAUCGGGGCGACACGCUCGCCGUCGUGGGCACGCAGAACGGCAACGGGUAUACGGGCUUUAGGGACGUGACCAUGGACGAGUACAUGAGGCGGGAGCAGCCCGAGUGGACGCGCGUGGUGCAGAUUCCGCUGCCGAGCUUCGCCGGCAAGGACGAGGCGCUGUACAUAUUCCAGCGAGGCGAGCGUUUGCCGCACACGCCGCCGCCGUGA